AUAACCUUAUUUUACUGUUAUUAGUUAAGGUGUUAAUAAGUGAAGGUUUUAGUGUACGUAUUAAAGUAAUCCAUCAGUUUAAUUUAGGUAUACAUGAAGGGAAUUUCCAUACUUCAACUGUGUACUUUCUAUUUGAAAACGAAACAAGGCGUACUUUAAAAUGGAUCAAUUGAAUAAAAGUAAGUCAUUUGUAUUCUUUCUUAAUCAAGCCACCUUAAUUAUAUUUACUGUUAUGAAUUAAGGUACCAAUUAGCGAACGUUAUAGUUCAUGUAUUACAAAGUAAUCGUAUUUAAGAGAGCGAAAUCUGUUUAAUUUGAGUAUAUCGAAACAAGGAGUACUUUUCAUGGGAUCAAUUAAAUAAAAUUAUGUGAUAUUUAUUAUGUUUAAUCAACCAAUGUAAUGAAUUAAUUAGUGUUUGUCAGAGUCCAUGUGCUACAAACUAAUCGAAUUUAUUCCUGAAGAGCGACCGCCGUUAAAUAAUUAGCAAUACAUUUCGAACACAGCAUGAGUACAAAACCCCACUAGAUGGCGCAGUGUGUCGCCUGCUCGAUUCAGUGUAACGAGGAAGCACGCAGUUGUCCGAAAUGUCUCAAGACAUACUGCCCAAGUUGCUACCUCUUGAAACAGAAGCUAGAGGCAUCGACCUGUCGGCGGCGAAAUUGUAAUUGCUCACAGUUCAUUGCUCUAAAGACCACUGGCCGUGACAAUAGUCCGUCAAGCGAGCAGAUCAGACAGGAUAAAAGACAAGUCCGAGAGACGACUGACCGUGUCACUAAUCCAAAAGAACAGACCAUACAUAAUAAGAUCCAAAUCCAAGUGACAGAUGAAGUCUCAAAGACAAACAGUACUGGCAAUAUUGAAACCAAUAAUGAACUCACCGGACAAGCCCUUAAAUAUGAUACCACCCCAGAAAAGCCUAAACGAAUGCAGCCAACGGCCACCAAUGGCAGUAAAAACCCGGCAUUGCCACAAAGAAAAGCCGGUAUAGCACAUACAAGAGGGGCUCCGGUACCACCGGGGAACACAACACCUGGAAGACAAUGGUCGGAGAGUGAAUCUGAUAGCGAUGAUGAAAACAGAGGUCGCCGUCACCGUGUGGUACCGAUGAAACCUCGCUUUACAUCCGGAAACUCAUUUAGUACGUUCUGGAACAAAGAUUAUAAUAAUUCAUCCAAUUCUGAGUGGCAUGACUCGGAGGGAAGUUAUUCACUGACGGAUUAUUUCGAUGAUGAUUUAAUCGGAGAAGACCAAGACAUGGAUAAAUUCGAUGAGAUACCACCUUAUGACGAGAUCCCAUAUGCCUUAAUAUGCUGUGGUGUAUAUGAUGAAAAAAGCAUUCGAAUAGCUCAAAAGAAGCAGGUACAGAAAAAGCUGUUACAAAAUUGUCAAAAGGAAUCUAAAAUUCCUUCCAAUGUUGACAAAAAUGGAGAAAUACACCAAAACGAUCAAGAACGUAAAGAAAUAGAAAAAGAAUUUGAUGAUUUGAUAAAUGACUUUAAGAAUAUAGCCGAAGAACUCUCAAGUGGGAACACUGAUAAGCCGGAAGACGCAUUGUUUGAGACUAAACAACACCAGGAAACUGAAAUUCAAAAUAAACAAACCAUCUCCCAACCAUUGCAAACUACUUUUGAGGAAAACGACAUUUUGAAUCCUGACAACAGAAACCCGCCCUUCACAACAAGUUCAACAGACUGUACAAAUUCUUUGAAGAUGUUAGUGACACGAAACAGUAAGACUAGUACUGCAUAUGAAGAAACAGGCGGCAGUUCAAAAGAUUAUUUGAAUAAAAAUAAAACAGAUUUAAAGAACGUGGGAACAACUAUAUUAGAAACACAGAAAGACGUACAAAGACCUCCGUCUCCUGUAAAUGGUAUAUCGUCUGCAGACGAAGAAAAUACGAAAUUAAAUUGUCCCAGUAGAAGGCAAGAAUCAGAACAAACGAAACGUAUGCGGGAAAAGCGCCUUCAAAAGUUUCAGCAAGGUCAAAAGUCUACUCGCGCGGGUAAUCGUAAUACCCAAAAACUAGAUAACAGGGAUCUCGCUCCGAACUCGCAACCAUUGUUAAAGCCAAUUAAAUGUCAAGCUUUUAAGCAUAACUUAACAGUUCUGAACAAAGAACUGGAAAAUAAAGACACCAUCCGUGAUGAGCAUGACAACAAAACACAACACGAAAUGCCCCGUGAAGUGAAACAAAUGAGCGUGUCAAAGAAACGUGAGUAUUCAACUAUAACGGAAACUGCGGACGAAAAGACUAGAGAAAUAUUCGAUACACAACAUAACAAGUCAUCAAAUGAAACUGAUUCUGAUGAUGACAGUGUCGUCCCUACGGCUAUGAGAGUUCGCAAUACAUCAAAACGAAGGGACGAAACAUCUAAAUCAAUAAACGAUUUCACUGAUCAGCAGAAUGGCCAAAAACUAGAUAAUGGAGAUAUCGCUCCGAACGCGCGAUCUAUGUCAAAAUCAAUUACAUGUACUCAUGACUCAUCAGUCGAAGUUCUUAACAAAGAACAGGAAAAUAAGGAAGCCAUUCAUGAUAAGCAUGACAACAAAACACAACACGAAACGCACCGUGAAGUUAAACAAGAGAACGUGUCUACGGAACGUGUUAAUUCAACUAGAACGAUAAAAGCGGGCGAAAAGCAAAGAGAAAUUAAAGAAAAACAACAUACCUUGUCAUCAAAUGAAAGCGAUUCUGAUGAUGACAGUGUCGUUCCUACCGCUAUGCGAGCACUUAAUACACCCGAUCGAAAUGACAAAGCAUCUAAAUCUAAACGUGAUUUUGCUGAUACAUUAUUAGACACCCUUUUAAGCAUCUCAACAGACAUAAAAACCAAACCAGCUUUGAAAGGAAGCGGGAAGCAGAACAAAAACAAAACAUCUCAAUCAAGCUCUGGUUCUGGCAUAUUGAAAGACAAAGUAAGCAAGCCAUGUAUGAAUGAUGAGGAAAGGAAGACGUUUAUUGACACCAUUGAAUCUACACUUGAGACAAAAGCCGAAACCCUUCAUUUUGCGUUUGAACAUUUGAGGAUGAAGCAAUCCAGACUUCCAAAAUGCCCAGCAUGUGGGAGUACAGAUUGUAAAGAAAAAAGCGGAGGAGCAGUUCAAGAGCUGGUAGUUGCAGCAAGAAAGGAAGGAUAUGAAGUUCAUGAUGUCAGCCCGGAUGGAAACUGCAUGUUCGCUGCCCUUGUUGACCAACUAGAGAUGUAUGGAGACACUCGGUUUGAUGCCAGAUCAUUGCGAGAAACAGCGGUCAAGUGGCUGAAGGAACACCCACGCCUAAACGACGGAGAAAAUACACACUUCCAGUCGUUUAUAGACGAAAAUUGGGAUGUAUAUUUGCAACGAAUGAGUAUGGAUGGGGAAUGGGGUGACCAUCUACAGCUAAGAGCUGUGUCAAAUGUUGUAGAGAGUACAAUCAAAGUGUUGAGUAUUCGAAACAGGGACGUUGUUUGGACGAGUAUAGGCUCUGAUAAAGAUAGUCAUUCCAGUGACCGCGUGCUUACCGUCGGCAACGUCAACGAGCGUCAUUAUGCAAGUCUCUGGCCAUCAGAAGGUAGUCUGGAAUCAGGGAAUUUGGAUAAGUCAAAGCCAUUAGAAACACAAAUCCCGGAAUGGCGGGAUACUUAUCAAGAAACAGCUGAGGUGGCCAUGUUUGAGAGUGAUUAUGUUGACCCAGUUAGCAGUGUCCCGUCAUGUCAUGUGUCGUUCCUUUUGAAUGCAGUAGCCCCACGAAGCACUGUUUUAAAUGAAUCUGCCAUAAUUUCGUCGCAGAUAUCAGACGAAGCCAAUGUCUAUGUUGAAACCCUCGAAAAAAUGCCAAAGACAUAUCACAACCAGCCAAUGGAUAUAGAUCCAGUUCCAGUCGGCAGUUUUAUGGAAGGCACAUUUCAUCCAGCGCUUUGCUGGCUGGAAGGGAAAGAUAACGAGAUGAAACAUUGGCAAAAUUCCGGUAUUUUAAUUAAGAUGCAGCUAUCUGAAGAUAGUAUUGUUUUGGAAGAAGAAGAAUCCCUUUGUCAUUUUGGAUAUACCAGGAUUCUUGAAAAAAGAACAAGCCUUUAUGGAAAUAAGCCAACCUUCGUCUACAUUACACAGGUCAAAAAAGAUUCUUUGAAUUUUCCGAUUCCAUUCAGGCUCUUAAAACCAAAAAUAAGCGGUAUAGUUCAAAUGGAACCAAUAUAUUGCUACUCUAUUUCGAAAUGGCCAGUUCAAGCUAGGGAAUGGCUUUUCAGAAAGCGAUACCAAAACUGGCCUCCGCAACACAUCAUAUCCGAAAUUGAAUCAAAGGGCUGUGUUCUUUCACCCAGGUGUCACCCUGCAAGUGAGAGUCCAAUUAUUGAAUGGAAGUACUUAUUUGCCGAAGCAGAUAAAAUAUUGUUCAAGGAAGCACUUACUGAACACCAGAAGUACUGUUAUCUGCUAUUUCGAUACUUUUGUAUGCAGAACUUAAGUGAAGUAAAAUCAUUCAACAUUGACAUGCCGAACAGCAUAUUUUUCUUCACUUGUGAAAGAAUUCCCUGUGAUGUUUGGGAAACGUCUAUUGCUGGUUGCCUUUUGUUCAUGAUAAACGAACUCCAAAGUGGGAUAAGAAAAAAGGGAAUUCCACAUUACUUUAUAGUUAAGAACAAUAUUAUAGAUCAUUUCAGUGCGGAGGAAAUAAAUCUUGUCGAAAAAAGGCUAUGUCAAUUUCUGCUUCAGCCAUUACUGCAUACUCGACGACUAAAUGAAAGUUUGGAGGUACUUACAAAUUGUUCAACUGUUUUUGAAAAGGUUAGCGACAAUUUGCAACAAUUUUCAAGCGUAAAAUCGUCGACACUACAGGUAUUUGUACCAUGCCAGAUUGAAAAAGCUCAGUACUUCAUUAGUCACUUUUAUUACGAGAGUGGUCUCGAGAAACUGAAUGAAGCUUUCCAAGAGCGUUUGGCAGUGAGUACUUGUGAUGACAGCAUGCCAUUCCAAGUGUUUCUACAAGCUGCAUUUAGCGGACUCAACUUUGCUGCAACAGUUUGGUUUGCCUUAUAUGCUGAUAAAAUGCUUCACGGUCAACUUUCCAAAACUUUGAUGAGGGCAGUUUGCUCCGAUCUACACCUACUGCGAAUAGAUGAAGUACUGCCCAAGGACGUAGCAGGCACUUACGCUGAGUCAGAGGUGCCGAUGUCCUUUACGUUAGCGUUCGAUUCAUUUUGUCACGAUUACGCAGCCUUCCUUGCGUUUGUUGGGAAGAAAUCAGAAGCCCUUCAUGUUCUCGAGUUUUGCGCAAAGAAGCACAGGCAAUAUCAAAGCCACCUGAAGGAAAUGACUAAAACUGGGAAAGACAUUGAAAGUUGUGCAUUUAAGGACGAAAACAUGUUUUGUGUGUAUGCAGCGAUUUUUGCACUUUACAACAAGGAACAAGAGAAUGAGAAAUUCUGUGAAUAUUCAGACGAAGCAAGUGAACUUGUUACACGGAUGAAAAUGGGAUACGCAUUUUUGUGGCUUAAAACGGUAUUUGGAGUGCUUUACGGCGAGGCUGGUUUGAAAAGACUAGCGGACCAACCUAAGAACUCCACUACUUCUGAUAUAGAAAUGUCCGUGAAAUUUAUGUAUUGGCCUGUCCGCUAUCUCACGUCCUAGAAUGAGAGGAGAAUAAACAUGGCAUUUGAAACGGUCCAUUCGUUUUCUGAAAUUCGAUAUAUGAAAUAAAAUUCACUAUUAUAAUUAUUGUUUGGUAUAUCUAUCUUAGAAUAAGUGAUACCAAGUAAAGAGAAAAUAAAAGAUAAAUUGGUUAAAGUUAGAUUCACUUUUUUUUUUUAAAUCAAAUUUAAUUAAGUUCAGAAUAAUCAAAGAAAUUAAAUUUACUUCAAAUUUGUUAAAAAUGAUUUUUCAAUUUGAAUAAUAAAGUAAUGAUAUAUAAUAUUUAUACUCAGCAUAAAUACAAAUGCAGUGUGUUUGUGUGUGUGUGUGUGUGUGUGUGUGUGCUGUUUUUAUCUUCAUUUGAUAUCAUUCACUUACUUGAUUAUUAGACGCGGCUGAAGGCCACCUCUAUAGGGAUACAUGUUUGCAAUUGUCAAUAGGGAAGUGUAUACGGAUUAAUUUUAGUUAUGAAAAAAAAGAUGUGUUAAUGAUAUCAACUCUUAUUCAACUUUGCUUAAAAUUUGUCGUCAAAAACCGUUUUGAUGCGUGUAAAACUUCAAAAACGUCAUAUAAAACGAAUACGCCUUAUGUUUAAAACAGGAAAUUAAAAGAAGAUAUUCUCUGUGUUUUUGAAUUGACUGGUCGCCGGUCAUACGAGUUCGUUAUUUUAGAAAUUUAAUUUAUAAACGAUUUAUAUACACGCUGUGGUAGUAAAUAAGCAUGUGAAAAUUUACGGGCAUAUUGUGAAUAAUAGUUUAAAUUAUGCAUUUGAUAACAAAUAUAAGUGCCUUAACACGACAUUAAUUGACUAUCUUAAAUUUAAGUGAUAUAAAAUGGAAGUACAAAGCUUAAUUCACACGACUUUACUAACAAAUAUAAGUCGCAAUACCAAUAUUAACACAAUUUAAAUUUAACUGAUAUAAAAUGAAAGUUCAAAGCGUAAUUCACACGAUUUAAAACAAACAUUAAUGAAUAAAAGUAGGCCGAAAAGGAUCAGGCCGAAAUGAUAUCUCGGCCGAAUCGACCCGACACCAAAUAUUUUAUCGGUGAUAAUGCAAGGUACCGGUCUAAAUAAUUUACGCAUGCCGGAGACGACUGAGUAACUACGACCUAGAAAGUUGAUUUAACCGUCAUAUUUCGGCUAUGUCCGUGUUUAUUCGGAAUUUUUAUAUUCAAACUUUGUCCGAAUGUACCCUUUGAUGAAAUAUCGACCGCUUGUAAAAGUUGGUCACAUGGGGUCAAAAACUAGGUGACUAUGUCCAAUCUGGAACAUACUAGAGGCAUUAUGUUUGGUCUAAUAUUCAUGAAACUUUGUCAGAAUUUUUCAUGAACUUCAAUAGAUAUAUAUUAAUAUUCAUUAAAACCCAUUCAGGUGCGUCUUUGAUGCCUUACAUCAACAUUCGUCUUGUAACUAUAUAUUUUGUUAGUAUUAUAUAUGUUUAGAUUAAAUAUGUUUUUCUCUUAACACAUUUGCUUAAGUGACAUUUAUGUCCGGCAAUCAUUGGAGUCACAAUAUAUAGAAUCUUUGUUGUAAUGCCAAUGAGUAGAAAAUGUAUGUUAACGGUUAGUUUGGUCUCUUUAUACUUGUUCAGAGGUUUAAACGAGUAAAAUUGAUAAAAAUCGUGGAAUGUAGUUUCUCAUGAAAUUGACUAUGUAUUGUGUUAAAUCGAAAACUUGUGAACAAAUAUCAAUAAUUACUUGCUAAUAAAAUCUGGAUUUUCAUGAAAAGUGCUAUCGUUCCUAAGCUUUGAGCAAUCCCUCCA